GUCGUACUUACCCUCUAGUCGCUGGUAGCUAGGACAAGCAGGAGGAAAGAAUCGUCCGGAUCGUCCUCCACACGGAUUUGGCCCUUUCGAGACCGCCUUGAGGUUGAUGGAUGUGUUGAUAGAUGGUGCCUACCAUCGGAAAGGAUGCAAUGGAAUUCUCUGAUGGCCUUGGAUGCCCUACCGAGUCCAACCCGUCCUCUUACCCCCUCCGUCAGCCCAGACAAAGUCCUCCUCAAGACCUCCUUCAGAGAUCCAAUCUUCCUCCUCAACCAGGAGGAGAGGCUCGUCCUCCAUAGAGGCGUCUUCUACGGGCGAAGGCUCCGCAGUGUCUUCCUCCAUGGAAGCGGGCAACCUUGGCAGUCACACUCUCCUGUGACAAGGCUUGAAUUCGGGCGAGGAAAGCAUCGCCCGAUUGGAGCUGCUGUUGCUCCAAGCCGUCCUCCACCCUUUCCUCCAUCUCCACGUCCCUCUCCUCCUCCUCCUCCUCCUCCAUCUCCACAUCCUCCUCCUCCUCACCCUCCACCUUCAUCUCCUCGUCCUCCUCCUCCCUCUCCACAUCCUCGAAGGCGAGCGCGAAGGCGUUCUCGACCUCCUCGUUCCCCUCAUACUCACCUGCCUCCUCGCCCGGUAGGAGCAGAGGAGGAGGCACCUCAAGCCCCAUCAUCGAAGGGCGAGCAAGUGCAGGAGGCGUCGAGCACCUCGGCAAGGUCACAAUGGUGGGCAUUUCUGCGCCACGCUUGCGCUUGCGUGGGUUGGCAACCACGCGAACAACCUUUGCCUUCAAGAAGGCCAGGCUGUCCUCGAAGGAGCUUUCCCCUUCCUCGCCCUGAAGGGUCGAACUCAUCUCCAAGGUUUCCCAAAGAGAGAGGAGGGUAUUGGCGGUGGUGGCCGCGGUGGUGGUGGUGGUGGUGUUGGUGGUGGUGGUGGUGUCGUCGCACUCCAUCUGUGGGAUCAAGAACAGGGUGCAAGCAGCAGAAGAGUGUCAACCUGUGGCUCAACGCAAGACGGUGCAACGUAGCGGUCGUUGCUCUCACUGCGCCUCGGAUCAAGUACUCACUGGGACGGAGGCAACAACUUUCUCGAGCCUGGGGCCGAGAGGGAAACCACGCCUUUGGACCACGUAGGGCCUGUAGGCAUCUUGCUUCUGUCUAGGGUGGGAAGACAGGGAGGCAAGGGUGAAGUUCGGAAAGCUGGGGGCGGUUGUCUUACCGCGAGAGCGAAAGGGCAGUUCGUGGGUCCUUUGAGGAGCGACGAAGAGCAAAGCAAAACGAGCACGAAGACGGCUAGCACAGGAGAAGGUAGAGGAGGAGCAAAGCAGGAGCAGGGGGUGUGUGGGAAGUGCUAGGGUGUUCGAUCAAUGGAGAGAGUAGCAGUAUAGUACGGGGCGAUCGCUCUGGCGAUG